AUGGCGACUGAUUCGAAUGACAACAACUCGUCUGGGCCUCCUGUGAAAAUCGAAGCAGGCCCCAAGAUCGACAAGACGACAAUCAUAUGGCUCUCUGUGGUUAUAGCGCUCGUGACGAUUGGCAUCAUCAUCGCAUUUGUCGUCCUUGGUCGCAGAUUCUGUUGCGCAAGCAAGAAGCGUAAGAACAAGAUUGAUUACUUGGACAAUCGGAUUUCCUGUGGGGCGUGGAAUGGGGAUGCACCAUUGCAGGUGGGCGCAGAGAAGUUAGCUCAUCAGUCGAAGGUGUAUGGAGGUCCUAAAGAGCGGCUCUGGGAGAUCACGAUACCGCCUGCGAUCACCGUCGUGCCCUCAUCGCAACGAGGCAAAUACGUCGAAGUCGAUUCGGUAAUUUGA